AUGCUCGGCCUCCUGCGCUCUGCGCUGCGUCCUGCGCUCCGCGCGCCGGCACCCACCGUCUCGACGUCGACGACCUUCGCGCGCGGCCGGCACCAGCUCGCGCCGAAGCAGGUGAAGUGGGACCGCAAGCACAAGGGCCGCAUCCCGAUCCCGACGGGCGGCUCGACGCGCGGGACAACGCUCGCGUUCGGCGACUGGGGCAUCCGAAUUAUUGGCUGCGGCGCGCGGCUGACGGCGAAGCAGCUGGGCACCGCGGAGGAGGUCAUCAAGCGCAAGCUGAAGAUUCUGAAGGGCUCGAAGGUGUGGAUGCGCGUGUUCCCGGAUAUUCCGGUUUGCGUGAAGGUGCGUGGAGGGUGCUCGAGAGGAGGAGUGCGAGUGCUGACUUAUAUGACAGGUGUCCCCGUCGGCCGUGUCAUCUUCGAGAUUGGCGGCGUACCCAUCCGUGAGGACCUGGCCCGCGAAAUCCUCCGCCAAGCCUCCUCCAAACUCCCCUGCCGAAUGGAGUUCAUCAACAAGCGCUCGCCCCCGCGGCUCGGCGGCAUGGUCAUCGCCCCGCCGAAACCCUCGCCAGAAGAGCAGAAGGAGCAGCAGGCCGUGGACGCGUCCUUGUUCGCGAUGGAGUCGACAGGGGACGCGGCGCCCCAGCCGACAGCAUAAUGCAUCUGUACACUCCCAUGAUGCAUGUAUUCACUCCCAUGAUGCAUGUAUUCACUCCCAUGAUGCAUGUAUCCACCCCCGUAGAGCAUGCGAUGUUAUACACGCACUUCCCACUGCUUUC